UUUUGAUGUCUGUGCUGUGGGAUGUGGAUGGUUUCGCGGGCCAGCAGACAGCAAACAAACACAGAGGAGCAUUAGAAAGUGGCUGCUCAGCAUUUGUCAGUAUGGGUCCAGAUAGUCCACCACAGACAUCGGGCGACACGUAAUUUUGUUAAAUUACGCAUUCACAACCGGCUCUCAUAUUUCUAUGUUUUUGUCUCUUUUUUUUUUUUUUUUUUUUGAUUUAUUAUCAUGCAAACCACAUCGCUGCUUUGCCCGGCUUCUGUUCUUUUGAAAAGUUUUUAAAUGACAAAGUUUGAUCGCGGAGCAAAUGAGUCGCGUGUGCAUCGUGGUGCUCGACGACGAGGAUCCUGAAGUCUCUCCGAGUUCCAAGCCUGCUUUGCUGAAAGCCAUUUUCAAUGUGGACCCGGAUGAAGUACGCUCGCUCAUAUUCAAAAAAGAGGAUGUGAAUGCACAGGACAAUGAGAAGCGAACACCCUUGCACGCUGCCGCCUAUCUGGGAGAUGCAGAAAUUAUAGAGCUGCUGAUUCUUUCAGGUGCAAGAGUAAAUGCCAAAGAUAACAAGUGGCUCACUCCUCUGCACCGAGCUGUGGCCUCCUGCAGCGAGGAGGCUGUGCAGGUGUUGUUGAAACACUCUGCAGAUGUAAAUGCCCGUGACAAGAACUGGCAGACUCCGCUGCACAUCGCCGCGGCCAAUAAGGCCGUGCGUUGUGCCGAAGCCCUCGUCCCUCUGCUAAGCAAUGUGAAUGUGUCAGACAGAGCUGGCCGGACUGCGCUGCACCACGCAGCCUUCAGUGGUCAUCUGGAGAUGGUGAGGCUCUUGCUCUCCAGAGGAGCCAACAUCAACGCUUUUGACAAGAAGGAUCGACGUGCAAUCCACUGGGCGGCCUACAUGGGGCACAUAGAAGUGGUGAAGCUGCUGGCAUCUCAUGGAGCGGAAGUGGCUUGUAAAGAUAAGAAAUCCUACACCCCGCUGCACGCAGCGGCCUCUAGUGGAAUGAUCAGCGUUGUCAAAUACCUCCUGGACUUGGGGGUAGAUAUCAAUGAGCCCAACGCGUACGGCAACACGCCGCUCCACGUGGCCUGCUACAACGGGCAGGACGUGGUCGUGAACGAGCUCAUAGAGUGCGGAGCCAACGUCAACCAGGUGAACGAGAAGGGCUUCGCGCCUCUGCAUUUCACCGCCGCCUCUCGCCACGGGGCGCUCUGCCUGGAGCUGCUGGUGUGCAACGGGGCCGACGUCAACAUCAAGAGCAAAGAUGGAAAGACUCCCCUCCACAUGACAGCUAUCCACGGGAGGUUUUCUAGAUCCCAAGCAAUUAUUGAGAAUGGUGCUGAGAUUGACUGUGAAGAUAAAAACGGAAAUACGCCACUACACAUUGCGGCUCGAUAUGGACACGAGCUCCUCAUCAACACCCUCAUCACUAACAGAGCUGACACGGCUAAACGAGGGGUUCAUGGUAUGUUUCCACUGCAUUUGGCUGCUCUCAGCGGCUUCUCUGACUGCUGCCGCAAGCUUUUGUCUUCAGGCUUUGACAUUGAUACCCCUGAUGACUUUGGAAGGACCUGUUUACAUGCUGCAGCUGCUGGAGGAAACCUGGAAUGUCUCAAUCUCCUCCUCAACACCGGGGCAGACUUUAACAGAAAGGACAGCUUCGGAAGGACCCCUCUACACUACGCCGCUGCCAAUUGUAACUACCAGUGCCUGUUUGCUCUGGUGGGCUCCGGGGCCAGCGUCAACGACCUGGACGAGCGCGGCUGCACCCCCCUCCACUACGCCGCCGCCUCCGACACGGACGGAAAGUGCCUGGAAUAUUUACUGAGAAACGAUGCAAAUCCAGGGAUCCGGGACAAUCAGGGCUACAAUGCUGUGCACUACGCCUCGGCAUACGGGCAUCGUCUUUGUCUGGAGCUGAUUGCAAGUGAAACCCCCCUAGAUGUGCUAAUGGAAACCUCAGGAACGGACAUCCUGAAUGACUCCGAUGUCCGAGCCCCUGUCAGCCCCCUGCACCUCGCUGCGUACCACGGCCACCACCACGCCAUGGAGGUUCUGGUACAGUCGCUGCUCGACCUGGACGUGAGAAACAGCCAGGGGCGCACACCCCUAGACCUGGCUGCCUUCAAGGGUCAUGUGGAGUGCGUGGACGUCCUAAUCAACCAGGGAGCCUCCAUCUUAGUCAAAGAUUUCACCUUGAAGCGAACCCCUAUCCACGCCGCCGCUACUAAUGGUCACUCAGAGUGUUUGCGUUUGCUGAUUGGAAAUGCUGAUCUUCAAAGUGCAGUAGACAUUCAAGACGGGAAUGGACAGACGCCUCUGAUGCUGUCGGUCCUGAGUGGACACACAGACUGUGUGUUUUCUCUGCUCAAUAAGGGAGCCAAUGUAGAAGCCAAAGACAAGUGGGGCAGGACGGCCCUGCACAGAGGAGCAGUGACCGGUCAUGAAGAAAGUGUGGAGGCCUUGCUUCAGCACAGCGCCAACUUCUUGGUGCGAGACUGCAAAGGGCGCACGCCGAUCCACCUGGCAGCAGCGUGCGGACACAUAGGGGUACUGGGAGGCCUUCUGCAUGCUGCCCAAUCAGUGGAAACACUCCCUGUCUUAACAGACAACCAAGGCUACACCCCACUGCACUGGGCCUGCUACAAUGGUCACGAUACGUGCGUGGAGGUUUUGCUGGAGCAGGAGGUUUUUCACAAGGCCGAAGGCAACUCCUUCAGCCCCCUCCACUGUGCUGUAAUCCACGACAACGAGGGCGCUGCUGAGAUGCUGAUUGACACUCUGGGACCUGCCAUCGUCAACACCAAAGACAGCAAAAACAGGACCCCACUGCACGCAGCCGCCUUCACCGACCACGUGGAGUGUCUCCAGCUGCUGCUGAGCCACAACGCUCAGGUCAACAGCGUGGACGCCGCAGGGAAAACUCCGCUGAUGAUGGCUGCAGAGAACGGCCAGACCAACGCUGUCGAGCUGCUGGUGAGCAGUGCGAAAGCAGAUCUCACUCUGCAGGACGCUGUGAAGAACACCGCUCUUCACCUGGCCUGCAGUAAGGGACAUGAAACCAGUGCCUUGUUGAUAUUGGAGAAAAUUACAGACAGAAACCUCAUAAAUGCUACGAACGCCGCCUUACAGACGCCUCUACACGUGGCUGCAAGAAAUGGCUUGACCGUGGUGGUGCAAGAGCUGCUCGCAAAGGGAGCCAGCGUCCUUGCAGUUGAUGAAAAUGGUUAUACCCCCGCCUUGGCCUGUGCCCCCAACAAAGAUGUGGCCGACUGCCUCGCUCUCAUCCUGGCCACCAUGAUGCCUGUGUCCCCUUGCACCCCGGCGCCCACCCUCUCUUUCAGUGCCAUUAACCACUACACCACCAGCCCCUCCAAGAGCGUCACGUUCGACAGCCUGCCCGUGCUGCGCGGCGGCGAGCACAGCUCCUACUGCAGCUUCAACAACAUCAGCCAUCACGAUGGCUUCUACAAGGACGAGGAGCUCAAUGACUCGGAUUCAGAGACGUACUGAGGGGGAACGGGAGGAAGUAAUAAAUGCAUAAACACACACACAUUGUGUCUUAAAAAUCACCCACUGCAAGCUUGGGAGGGCAGAAUAGGACGCAAGCCCCACAGGAGCCUUAAGAGUCCCCACCCCACCCCACCCUCACCCCUACCCCCCAACCAGAGAGCAAGCGAGGGAGGAGGUGCAGCAGGCUGGCCCACUCUCAUCCCGACCUCAUCCAGCACUAGGUGUCCUUCCGCUGAUACUGGACCUUAGUAACCACUGCUUUACCAACAUUGACUUACUGAGGGCAAAAGCAGGGCAGACGGGAAACUCUUUACGGCAAUAACAUGCUGAAGACGAGUGGGUGCGCCUCACUGAGAGCUAAACCAACAGGGACCAAAAAGACAUGGAUGCAUUUUAACCCAGUUUUAAUUGUGUAAAUGAGACGAGAGAAUUUUCUGGUUUAUCGGUUAGAGGUUGGUGGGUGCAAUUUUUCAUUGGUAGAUAUCCGCACACGGCAUCCGUCAGAACGCACUCGUCUUUCAAGUCUGUAAAUCAUUACAGGGGGAAAAAAUCGUUUAUUUUUUGAGAUCAAAAUUUUAAUAUACCCACUUUUCCUGUCUUAAGCUCCUCUAGAAAAUAAUCUGAUUUCCUGAUCUGAGUAAUUUCCAAACAUGUGGUAUGCACCGGGUUAUUCUUAAGAUGAUCAACCUUACCUUUGUACAUUGAUCUGUCCGUUGCGGUUUAGUCUUUGAGGAAUAAAUUAUUUGUGUACUUUUGUUUCCGUUAUGUGUUCAUUUUGUGCCUUCAUUAGUUACUGAGAAAUGAUGGGUUUGUAGAGGCAGCUGCGAGAGUACAGUGAUGCACAGUAGGUAAGUAUUUAAACAUUUGUAACAAGCACUGAUCCGAUACUGAGGUGUGUAGGCUCAGCCCUGUGAGGAGAAACACUGUAAACCAAUGAAAGGACGGCAUUUGAAUUUUCUUCUGUCUGAAUGAUAUUUUUGCUCUUAUAUUAGUCAAUGUAUGUUGACGAGUUUUUGCUUGCUUUAAUUACAAAAGAAUACAAACAAACAAAGAAACCACUCGAUCAUACCAUGAUUCAAAAAAUUUCUCGGUUUUGUCUGAAAAAUCCUUUUAACUGGAAAUAUGUACAUUUGCUAGCUUCAUUAGGACGGAGAAGAGUUUUUUCCUUUUCCUUGCUUUUUCUUGAAGAGGAAUGAAACUAGCAUGUAUAUAGAGAUUACGACUGUGAAUUCAAAAUUCCAAUGAAUUCUUUCAGUACUGAGAUUGCUGUAUAUUUUAUGAGUAAUAAAGAAAUGAGUUAUUUAAUAAUGAA